AUGGAUUCUACUGGGGCCCUCCGGCCCCUUGACGAAUCCCUACUGCGCGAGCUUCCCCAGCUGUCUCUCCGUAUCGCUCCUUUGCGGGAACCGGUCUCUUCGCGAACUCUCAGCAUCCCAUCGCCCUUAGAACCCAAUGCCAGUGGUACUAGGGAGACAAGCACUAUUUCCAAAACCUCCGUGGGUGGCGGAAACCUCCCGUCAAACACGAAAGCGGGCCUUCCGACAGUGAAGGAGUUCCUAAACGCGGCGCGCACUAAAACGGCCGAGCCCAUCAGCACAGACUCUCAAUCGAAUGUGGAACCACCACCAAAACCUAUUCUUCCAGCAUUCGUAAACUUGCGUGCUCUAGAAAGAUUCCCAUUCUCCUCUUCUUUUGACGAUGACGCCCUCCAUGGGCAGCGCAAGCGUCGGCGCUUAGACCUGCAGGCCGAGUCUUUCAGCGAACACUUGCAGUUGCCCAUUCCUCAAGCACAGAAAGAGCACCGCCCGCCACCGUUCGGCCCAUUUGCGAUCCUAAACGGACUGAAUGAACCACCGCCAAAUGCUGCUCUUCUUCCCCCGAUUGAAGCUGGCUCCUCUAUCUCCCAGCUUUUGACAAAGCCUUCUAAGCGGGAUGGUGCGGCUGUUGACCCGAGCAAUUCGGUAUCUACGAAUGCCACCAUUGCUGAGAGCCCGACUGUAGAAAGGAGAGAAGGAAGGAUUGAAGAGCUUCUUGACGCAACUCUUGAUGACGACGAUAAUGACGACGACGUCGACCAUGAUCAUGACGUCGUGCAACGAACCACUCGCUCUGAUUUUCCAGAGGCUUCCAAACAAGACCGUGAAAAUGGGGUUCUUGAGAACAGGAAGACCACACCAUUUUCUGCGCCAACAGGCGAUGAGCCCCUGUCUCCUAAAUCUCGUGGCCGAUCGCGCAAGAAUUUGAGAAAGUGGACAGACGAAGAGACAACAGAUUUACUCCGAGGGGUGGUCAAGUGCGGAAUAGGUAAUUGGACGGCGAUUCUCUCACAACCGGAGCUCAAGUUCAACAAGAGAACUGCUUCGAACUUGAAAGACAGAUUUCGAGUCUGUUGCCCGUGGGCGUAUCGCGCAUCUGAUCCAAAUGAAGCUACGAAGCAAUUGCGGGAUAAUCUUGCCAACACCCUUCUGAAAGCCCAGGCAGAGUGCCUCGAUAGCAAACCUGGCAAGAUCCAUCUUCCCAACCUAAACCCUGUACAUACUGGGUCCGAGCCGAGCCCUAGCCCCGGAAGUCCCCCAAGCAGCUCGCAUAAGCCAUCAACGUUAAGCAUGCCAUCUGCGACGCCAGAGACCGAUCAUGGAAGCCUCAGUACACCGCAGCAGGGAUAUCCUUCGGGCAAGAGCGCAUCGACUGCAUCUGACAAGUCUCAGAAAAAUCUAGCAUCACUGGGUAUUCCAGAAGCUCAUAUCACGAUAAAAUCCAAACGACGUUCGCGCCGUCCAUUCACUACUGCAGAGGACGAAGCACUACUCAAGGGCUAUGCUGUCCACGGCUUCCAGUGGACUCUAAUUCAACAGGACAAGCGACUCGAUCUCGGCCACCGCAGGGCAACUGAUCUCCGCGAUCGCUUCCGUACAAAGUUCCCGCAUGCAUACCGCGAUGGGGGGUCCGUGAGUGGGAAAACCGCCAAUUCGCAAACUCCAAGCCAGAGCCCAGGUGCCGGUAGGUCGGGGUCUCCUCAAGACCGUAUUCUAAGCAACGAGCCAACCCCGACGAAACCCCAGUCCUCAAGCCCUCGUCGGCCCAAGGCACAUAGUCGUCGCCCAUCCAGCAUUUCAAAUGCCAACGCGGGGCCGCUGGAUCCCGCGUUCUUGCCUCCACCGCAGGGUUUCCUUGAGUCCUCUGCCAACAUGGUGCCCGCCGCGCUGUCUUUUCCCUUGGAAGACAACCCCACAGCAGCUGCAUCUUCACCUUGGGAGGACAAUACUCUUGCGCCCAUGGUUUGGGAUGACCUCGGUUGA